GAGAGAGAGAGCCCAAAGCAGGAGUAACACUGAUAAGGUCCUUAGUUUGAAUUUCUGUUGGAGGCGAGUUCUUUUUUACUGUGGGAAUGUAAGCGGCUCACAGCGUGGAUUUAUAGCCCAGGAUGGUGCUUCAACUGCUGAAAAAAGAGACGAGUUUUUAUUACUUAUUACAGAAGUAUGUGUAGACCACAUGGAGGCAGAGACUCAUGUUGCCUCUUUUAGUCUUUCCGUGUCAUUUUGGACUCCUUCCAGCUGCUGGAGCGCUGAGGAUGCCAUUCUCAAUUGUGAUCAAGUACAGCAUUCUUGGCAUCUCUGUCACUCUCCUGCUGUUGGCUCUGGCCAUCUUGGCCUGGCAGAUAUUGAGAUUUUGCACACAGACGCGCGGCACGUACGUCCAGCAAGGUGCAGUUAACACUGAUCUGCUGUACACAGAAGAAAAGCCAACAACUGCAGAAAACUACGCAGGAGCUCCAAGCACCAAGGAGGAGAAUGUCAGCACCGAGGCCCACAGACUGAGUCGCUGUCUUUCUCAGGCCGCCUCAUCAGGAUGCAGCCCGGCGGACGGGGACAUAGCAGAGCAGACGACCAUUAAAAAGGUUGAUGGUACCCUACGGUAUUCCAUCUACUAUGACCGGCUGCAGUCCAGUCUGGUGGUCACCGUGCUGCAGGUGGAGGGCCUUCUGGAGCACAGUGAGAACCACAGCCUCCAGCCAUUCGUCAAGGUGCGACUCAUGUGGGCAGGGUCAGAGGCAGUGGAAUUGGACGACUUGAAGGACGAGGAGGUGGAAGGGACGAAGCGGGUCCUGUGGACGGUGCUGCAGGAGUGGCGGACUCGCAUCGUGAAAGGCAGCUGUAACCCCGUGUUCGGAGACCAGUUCAGCUGCAUUCUGCAAGAGGACAAGAAUAAUCUCCACCACUUCAACCUCAGGAUGGAGGUGAGGGACUUUGACAAAUUCUCCAGGCACACCGUGUUAGGAGAAGUGAGGGUUGCUCUAGGGCAGCACAACAUCACAUAUCCUCUGGAGCUACAAGAGGAGCUGCAGUUCCCCCAGAAGGAUCUGGUUGGGGAGGUGAUGCUGUCACUGAAGUUUCUCCCCACUUCUCAGAGGAUUGAGGUUGGUCUGCUAAAGGUCAGAAUUCCCCUCACCGAGACAAGCUCGGAUUCAGUCCUUCAUGCCAGGGUCAGCAUCCAGUGCAAUCAGUCCAAGCUGAGGUACCAGAAAACCUCUGCGGUGGCUCGCUGCCUGGUGACCGUCUUCAAUGAAGUUCUCAUGUUUUCCCUGCCUGAGUUUCCUCUGGACCAGUGUAAAAUCUUGGUCUCUAUGUAUGAGACUCGCGCAGGAAGGAAGUCAACCAGACAAAUGAUUGGACAGCUGAGUGUGGGGAAGGAGAGGCGCUCAGAGGACGAGCACUGGACCUUGAUGAUGCAUUCAGUCCGACAGCCAGUUGCAAAGUGGCACGGCCUGAUGCUCUGAGCUACAACUGAUAAACCUCCUUUCAUGCACUUCCCGGACGUUCCUAUCUGUUCCUGUUUAACUGAUGCUAAGCUUGAGGGCAGAUCCUAAACCCAUUUUCUUCUUGGCUCCAGAAAUGGAAGGACUGCUCUACUCGGUCUGCUUGUUCACUCACAUGUCUCGUUUUUAGCUCCAGAUCUUAUGGGCUUUGGAAUUCUGACAUAAGCACACCUCUCUUGAGAUGAGGAUUACAGCAGUUCUGCGGUUAAUUUGAAGGAAUAAACUUUGCUGUUCUUUGUGACACAAUUAAAAAUGUUAAAACCUAGGUUGCAGGGUGUUUUUACCCUGCCGCCACAUGUCAGUUUAAGCUUAUUUUGUCAAUGAAAGCAUUUAAGAGUUGCACUACAUUAUACAGUAUUUCAUCAACUUCAGUUCUAUCUGUGAGCAGCCAAAACCUGAAUCAGUCCCAGAGGACUGAAGUGAUGGUUAUUUUUGCAACAAUUAGUUAUGAACGUGGACUGUUAGUAAUUAUAUUUGUCAUAAAUAAAUAAUUUGGGCUGUCAAAUGUGAAUGUAUCAAACAGCAAUAAAACAUCAUUAAAAAAAAGAAAGAAAAAAAGAAAGAAAUUACAAAGCAUGAUUUAAUUUUAAGAGAAAACUUUUCUGUUGUAACACAGGUAAGAACAGAAACUUUUUCAUGGAAAAAAUGUUCUGAUAUACUGAAUUAAAUUAAUUUAAACUCAGAAUUAUAAGAUAUCUACUGUAUAUGUUCAGGGGAAAAAUGGAACAUUAUGUCUUUUGUAAUUUAGUAUUGGGCAAGUUAUUUAUUGUAUAUACAUGUCUGGUGUCAGAUUCUCUUCCUAAACUGCUUACAUUUUUAUUUAUUUAUUUAUUUAUUAGGUCACCUUUUCGGUUAGUAACUAAAUACAAUAUUCACGAAAGUAAUAAAAC